AUGAUCGAUGCUGAAACUAAUCAAGUAAGAAAUAUAGUGGAAUUUAAAACUUAGGUAUUUUUAAUUAAAUAUGUUCCAAAUAUGAAGUCUGUUAUUGGAAUAAAUACUUCUACAUUUUAUGUAUUUGACACAUACAGCAUGAAAAUAAUUUAUGAAUCUAAAGUCAUUGAUUAAGCAAUUUAAGUAGAUAAUUUUAUAGACAACUCUAUCGCUGUUAUGUCUUCCUAAAAUAAUAUAGUAAUUGCAUAUGAUAUUUAAUAGCAAUAGAUCGUUAAUACAUACUAUUCCACUAACAGUGUGUACUAGUUGAAGUGCAUAACUUUUCCAAACAAUGAACAUAUUGCUAUUUUAAAUGAUAAUAUUUAGUUAGUUCUUUGGAAUGUAGAAACAGGAGUCAUAAUUAAUAGCAUAAAAACUUAAGCCUUUAGUUUAACAAAUAUGUUGCUCUUUCCUAAUAGCUACAUUCUCAUUUAUAAUAUUAAUUCAACAAAAAUAUAAUUUAUUGAUUUUAGCGGCUAUUAAUAGUAAUAGUUUAAGUUAAUCUUUGAAUAUGACACUUAGAAUGUUUUCAAAAAUUAUAGCUUGGACUUUGACCCAAUCAAAACUUUCAUAUCUUAAAUAUCUGUUAGCUAAUAAACUAUAUUACAAUAUGAUUAUUUAAUUAUUGGGCAUAGUAAUGGAUAAGCUAUGAACUUUAAACUUCCAAAGAGUUACAAUUAAAAUUUCUAAUUGAAUUUGGCAUUCGCAACUAAAUUUGAUUUCAUAAGAUUUAUAAUGCCAGAUAAUAUUUUGAGCAUUUAUAUUUGUGGAUAGAUAGAUAUAAAAGUUGUAAAUUUUUUUAAUGAGAACUAGCCUAUAAUAUAACCAUUACUAAACCUUGGUUCAUCAUAUUUUUUAGCAAGAGUUCCUGUUUAGUAUUAAAAUUAGGAGUUGUAUGUUUCUGCAAACUAGUUAUUUAAGAAUUAACUUAUUUAAAUUUCUGACUAAUCUGGGAUCUAAAAUGCUUAAAUCGUUAUGAAUACAGAUAAUACUUAAGUAGCCUAUUAAGUUUCAACAGGAGGUAUUAUGAUAGUAGAUAUAGCAACUUAAUAAGUAUGA